AUGCGUCUCUUCCACCGCCUCCUCAUGGCCACGCCCUCAACAAUAGGCUCCAAAUCCAGCCUCAGCCAAGCCAUGGCUCUCCUCCCCCCGCUCCCGCUCUACCGCCGCAUCCUCCGCGUCCACCGCAAGAAGCUCGAUCCCGAAAUGCGCAUCCUCGGCGAUUCCUACGUCAAGAGCGAGUUCCGCGCGCACCGCGACGUGGAGAAUCCGCUGCAUAUUAUCGGUUUCUUGACGGAGUGGCAGCUGUAUGCGCAGAAGUUGGAGGGCGAUUCCUGGGCCGGCGAGAAGCUGGACAAGUCAAAGUUGGAAAAGAUGAGUGAUCAGCAAAUCGGUCAAUUGUAUGAGUUGAUGCAGGCGAUCAAGGAUACAAAUGGGGAGGGCAAUAAUGAGUCAUGA